CUAGCAAUUGGCAGUUAGCGCACGACUGGCCACACUCAGCAAAUCACCUCGUGUUUCACUCGCAAACAAAGAAAAAAGUGCAUUUUAAUUACUGAUUACUGCAUUGCGAUUAGGCGUUCGCGAACAACAACGUUUUCUUGCACAUCAGCGGACUCAAAGGGCGCGCGUGGGCAAGGCAUUGAGCACAGUGUCUGUGUGCGUGAGUGUGGGUGCGUUGUGCGUGCGUCGCAGUGUUGGUGCGUGUGCCCCCAUGUGUGUGUGUAUUUGUAUUGCCAUUAACUAAUAAACAAUAACCUUCGGGCCACGACGAAAGCCACGAAAUCGGCACCGCUGCUGUUCUGUUCUGUACUGUUCCAUCUGAACCAACCAGCUGAACAAGGAGACUCAUAGCCAGAGACUAAAAUAAAUCGCCAACGCGCUUCCGCCCCCCCGCGAGAGGAGCGCCCAGUUCAGGAGCGGACCAGCGGCGAUCCACUUCCCAUAUCCAUAUCCAAACAGAAUCGCACUCGCCCAAACACACACACGCACGCAAUGGCGGACGUGAGCGAUCCCAGCGAACUGUUCGACCUGGAGCUGCACGACCUGGAACUGCAGGACGACAAGGCCAGGGACUCCGACGACGACAGGAUCGAGCUGGACGAUGUUGACCUAGAACCGGAAUUGUGUAUUAAUCUGCACCAAGACACUGAGGGCCAGGAGACCAUACAGCUCUGCGAGGAGAAUGUUAAUCCAGGUAAAAUCAAGCUGGGACCCAAGGACUUUGAGCUCAAGAAGGUCCUUGGCAAAGGUGGUUAUGGCAAAGUAUUUCAGGUGCGCAAGACCGCUGGACGAGAUGCUAACAAAUAUUUUGCCAUGAAGGUGCUCAAAAAGGCAUCCAUUGUGACCAAUCAAAAGGACACAGCGCACACCCGCGCCGAGCGCAAUAUACUCGAGGCAGUCAAGCAUCCCUUCAUAGUGGAGCUAGUUUAUGCCUUCCAGACAGACGGAAAACUAUACCUUAUACUUGAAUAUCUCAGCGGUGGAGAGCUGUUCAUGCAUUUGGAGCGUGAGGGCAUCUUCUUAGAGGAUACCACAUGCUUCUAUUUAAGCGAAAUCAUUUUGGCCUUGGGCCAUCUACACAAACUGGGCAUCAUCUACCGCGAUCUGAAGCCCGAGAACAUACUGCUCGAUGCACAGGGACACGUGAAGCUCACGGACUUCGGACUGUGCAAGGAGCACAUACAAGAGGGUAUUGUCACCCACACCUUCUGCGGCACAAUUGAGUACAUGGCACCUGAAAUUUUGACCAGAAGUGGCCAUGGCAAAGCAGUCGACUGGUGGUCACUGGGCGCUCUCAUGUUUGACAUGCUCACAGGAGUCCCACCCUUCACCGCCGAGAAUCGCAAGAAGACCAUCGAGACCAUUCUGAAAGCCAAGCUCAAUCUGCCAGCCUACCUCACACCGGAAGCCAGGGAUCUGGUGCGUCGCCUGAUGAAGCGGCAGGAACCUCAGCGCCUUGGCAGCGGACCCGAGGAUGCGGCGGCUGUUCAAAUACACCCAUUCUUCAAACACGUCAACUGGGACGAUGUGCUCGCCAGACGCCUCGAGCCGCCUAUAAAACCGCUCUUGAGAAGCGAGGAUGAUGUCUCACAGUUCGAUACAAGAUUCACAAGACAAAUUCCAGUGGAUUCACCUGAUGAUACAACGCUAAGCGAAAGUGCCAAUUUAAUUUUCCAAGGUUUCACCUACGUUGCACCCUCGAUACUGGAGGACAUGCAUCGGGCCAACCGGAUGCCAGCACGCUCCCCACGACGCACUCCCCGCCAGCUGCCGGACAGCAGCUUCCGCCUGCAGUUCCCAUCGGCCAAUGUGGGCGCCAAUGCGCCGCUGGCCAUGCACGGUCAUUCGCAGCGAUCCGGGAUGUUUGCACGGGCCACGCCGCCGCAUCACAUGCAGACAUUUGCGCCGCGUCCAUCGCCGGCGCAGGACGAGAUGAUGGACGUGCAGGGUCUGCCGAUGGUCUAAAGGCUGGAGCGAUUGCUUCCCAACCAACCAACCCAUCCCAUCCCGUCCGUUCCGUCGCAACCCAGCAACUGCAUCAUAAGCUUCCUCUCCCUACCCCCCAAAAAAAAAAAAAAAAAAAAAAAACAGCAAAAGAUUACAGAAAUUGACAGUUACUAUUAUGACGUAUGUGGAGUGUGGACUUGGUUAAGGAUACGGAAUGAGCAGGACGAUCAUCAGGAGGUGGCAGAGGAGGAGGAGGAGGCUGAGCAGCACGAGGAGCACAUGACCUCAGUGCGCGAAAUUGUUUUUGUUAAAGAGAAGCGCGCUCGGAUCGCGCUUUUCGAUGUUUAUGAUUAUGAGAAUGAUUAUGAAUAUGAUUAUGUUUAUGAGGCAGACGGAGAAGAUGAUUGUGCUACGAGAAGGAAAGCGUUCGUUUUUGGAUACACCUAGAUACUACAGUUAGAUACAUCCACAUAAGCAUAUGCUAUAGCAAUUACUAUAUACAUACACCUGGAGAGAUGGUACCCGACCCGGAACCCAACAGCCCCAAAAACCUAUCCGUGUUUAUGUAUAAAGAUUAUACUUACACUUAUGUUUUAUAUAGGCAAAAAGGUUAACACAACUUAGUUCAAAUGUACACGCAGCACUUUAUUUUCAUUUUACACUUAUUUAACGCCAAUCGAAACAGACAACAGCACACCAUUAAUAUCACGAAAAAGUUAUGUUCUUGCGAGAUAGCUCUGAAUUGAAAUCUGUGUUGCGUUCUUCACAGCCCAUUUUUUUUUUUUAAUUGUUGUCGAAGAGUUUUCCAAUUGUUUUUGUAAUUUCAAACACCUACGUUAGGCAUAAAGUGACGUUAGUUUUUAGGGACAACUGCAACGUAGCCAACAACACACAACUUAAAUGAAUUGUAAAUUAUAAACUAAACUAGAGCAUUACAGAGUAAACUAUAAUAUAUAUAAAAUAAAGUACAUAACGUAAAGUAAAGGUUUCCCAAGCUCGAUUAUAAAGAGUGGCCCAAAACACCUUUGGGCCAAACUCCAAACUUGCUCGCAUAGCCAAUUUGUAUUCAAUGACCUAACCCCCCGAGGAAAUCCGCCUCUGUUUUUAGUCAGCUCCAUGCAAUUGGUCUAAUUCGAUUCGAUUUCAGUUGCAUUUCUGGAUACAAGCUAAUAGAAUGGAACAAGUUAAUACCGCGUACUGAGAAGCUAAACGCUGCCACCACAAAAAAAAUGAAAUAAAUAAAUAAAAACAGAAAUAAAACCCAAAACAAAAUGGGUAGAUGUGAGAAAUGUAUACAAUCGAUUAACGAACUUUGAUUAUAUUCCGUUUCAGUUUGCAAUCUGAAUCGUAUUUUUUGUAUUUGCCUAAGGAAUGAGAGAAUGUUAAAUCUCUACAGAAAUAAAAAAUUAAGAUGUCAAAUAUAAUCAAAAGGUGCUUUGAAUUGUUUAAAAAGACAAGACAACUACAGAUUAAAAACGGAAACAAAAAAAAAUAAAACGGAAUAGGAAGCAUGAGAAACUAUGAAAAACGAAAGCGACUAAAACCUAAAACUAAAAACGGUUAUGUGUAUAAAGAAUAUUUAUAUAAACAAAAAAUAAAUACCUCAGAAGCAAUUAUUUUUGUUACAAGCAGCUAAAAAAAAAAAAAGUGUGCGAUGCAAAUAAAGAACUUAAUAAAACGAUAAACUACCAACUAAAGUACAGAAAGAAGAAACUAUUAAAAAAUAAAUCGAGAAAUUAGGUAACAGAAUAUAUAACUACAUAUAUUUUUUUCAUUGUACACUUAUUUGUCUUUGUGUUUGGUCUUGUUUACUGCUAAAUGUAUUUUGUAUUUAAUUGAACAAUCAUUUCCUAUAUAUAAGAAACGAAAAAACAAAAAACCCUAACAAAAACCAAAAAUGAAACUGUUUUCAUUUGUGGACGGAAAUGUCUUAUUUUCAUUGUUAGUAGACAUAACAGAGCCAUGUGCUAAAGCCAAGAAAUAUGUAAAAACCAAAAAUCUAAAACAAAACAACAAAGAAACAAAAAAAAGGAAACCGGAACCGGAAGAGAAUAUCUAACGAACAAAUAACCCAUUAUGAAAGAAACACUGCCUACACACAAGAGGAAGCAAGAAGUAACGAAACGAGAAACUAGCAACAAAUUAUACUACCAACUACAAUAAACAAACAAAUCGCAAGUAAAUGAAUUUAAAUCAGACCCAAGAUCAUGGGCGAAACCAAAACAGCAGAAACACUAAGUGCAGAGCGUUACACAAUUUCGUAGAUAGCCAAGUUAACCAAUUGAAACAGAUCCUCCAGCACAGACCAUCUGCCGUUCAGGGCUCAUAUUGCCAGGGUGCAGCUCCUCCAAGAACCGACUUCCGGUUCAGGUCAAGUGCCCCAAAAAGUGUACAGUCCAACUAGGUGGUGAACCUAUUAAUUACCUACAAAAAAAUCCCCAGUGAACUCAUCACCGAGAUGAUGGUACAGAAUAGAAUUCGAAAAUUUCCAAAGUUCACUGUUCAUAAGCCAUGAAAAACAGAAAGCCACACAGGCUUAAUUAUAGUUAUUUUCAAUUUCGUAGGCGGAAAUACUGUCCGAGGGGGGCGUGGCCAGAUCUGUUGACAGCCCACUUAAGCGGCUCUAAUUGCACACACACCAAAAUAGCCCAGUCGAUAAGAAGUUCUGGAUGAGAGCUGCCACAAGCCAUAAGAUCGUUGAAGCCAAACGAAGUACGAAACUCGAGAAUCCGAAAGAUACAAAGCGAGCAUUGCAAUGUCGACAGCCAGAGAUCCUAGUUAAUUAAAUUGUACAUUUCUAUCGUUUAGCUGUAAGCGCAGUGCGUAUAUGCGACUAUGUGGAUAUAAAAAGAAUGUAUAUGGCAAAUGUGUAUCGUAAUAUAUUAAAACUUAAUUUUAC